UGAAUGAGUGCGCACUGUAAACGCUAGUGAGAAAUUCAAGUAGCACAAAAUUAUACAAGUGAAAAUUUGUGGUAUUAGGCAAAUUAUUAAAUGCUAAUUUUAAAUUAAAGCAAGUGGCUGCUGACAACAAAUUGUUAAGGAGAGCAGUUAAAUUAGUAAGCUUGAAUAAUUUGGCGCCAGCCAAAGGAUAGAGGAAUAACAACAACUAGAACGGCGACGGCAAAAUGCCGCCUUGCGUGUCGUUACAACGGGGCGGAUGCUUGUUAUCCACAGUAGCUGCGUCCUUGAAUGAGCUGGGCUGCGUCAUGCACGGAUCUUUCUCUGUCAGUAGCAGCAGCAUCAGCAGCGGCAAGCGAAUGCAUCAUCAUCAUCAGGCAGUAACAUGUGCAGCAGCUGGGCGUUUAUAAAUAAAAGUAAGGACGUGGUUGGGCAACGAACGCGAAGUUGACGAGCAGCACAUAAGGACAACCAAAAGCUUAAAAUAAAACACAAUAUGCUGUUGUUAUAUACAAAUGCAAGUGUUACUAAAAUUAGAGCCAACAGCAGUAGCAUCCACUCGAGUGCAACAGCAAUUGACGCCUAAGUGAAUUUGCCUAGAAGUAGGCAACAACAAAGUUAAAGUUCAAACAAACGUGUGUGUGUGUGUAAGAGAGAGCGCCACUGUAACUGUGAGUGUGAGUACGAGUGUGUAAAGUGGCCAAGGUGUGUCCCAAGUGUCAACUUGUGUGUAGUCACAGUGCUUAACCUGAUUUAUAAAAGUUUGUCCUUUCCGCGAGACACGCGACGCGACAAGAGGCUCGAGACCAAAGAAGCAGAAGAGCACACACACACACUUACACACAUGCAUUGGAAAGAGAGCAUCAGUAGUUACAGAAGCAACGGCUAUAAAAACCGCAACAACUACUACGACUACUACGACGAUAGAGAGGAGGACUGGAGCACAUACAUUAUCAUAUUCGUGAGCUUCGGGGUGCUGGCGGCGGUGUGCGUGUGUAUGGGAAAGGGAAUGUAUGUCUCUGAGGCCUCAACUACGCCUAGAUGAAGAAUGAAGAAACAAAAUGUGCGCACGAUAUCCCUGAUCGUGUGUACAUUUACAUAUUUACUAGUGGGAGCCGCCGUCUUCGAUGCACUCGAAUCGGAGACAGAGAAACGGCGCUGGGAAGCGUUGCAAGCUGUUGAGGAUCGAAUUAUACGCAAAUAUAAUAUAUCACAAGAGGACUUUAAGGUUAUGGAAACGGUGGUGCUCAAAUCGGAGCCACACAAGGCGGGCCAGCAAUGGAAGUUCACGGGUGCAUUCUAUUAUGCCACCACAGUGCUCACCACCAUAGGCUAUGGGCACUCCACACCAACAACGCGUGGUGGCAAACUAUUUACAAUGUGCUACGCUAUUGUUGGUAUACCUUUGGGGCUCGUCAUGUUUCAGAGCAUCGGAGAAAGAGUGAAUAGACUGAGCAGUUAUGUUAUAAAAGCGGUACGAUCAUCGAUACGCUGCAAACGCACUGUGGCCUCAGAGGUGGAUCUUAUAUGCGUUGUCACCACGCUUAGUUCCCUGACCAUAGCCGGUGGCGCGGCGGCAUUCUCCAGAUUUGAAGGAUGGAGUUACUUUGAUUCAGUAUAUUACUGUUUUAUUACUUUAACCACAAUAGGAUUUGGCGAUAUGGUAGCUUUACAAAAAGACAAUGCACUGAAUAGAAAACCCGAAUAUGUUAUGUUCGCAUUAAUAUUUAUACUCUUCGGACUGGCAAUUGUUGCCGCCUCACUGAACUUGUUAGUACUUAGGUUUGUUACAAUGAAUACGGAGGACGAGAAACGUGAUGAAGCCCAAGCCGCGCAGUUUAUGACCAAGUCCAGUUUAUGGACCAAUGAGGCGCUGCAAGGCGCUGUCAAACUUGAGGGCGAUGUGAUAACAUCCAAUGGGUCCGUACUGAGCGGCUACGUAGGCCAGGACCUGCCAUCGCCCAACGGCAGCACCUCCACAAUAUUCUCUUGCCGUUGCAUCUGCCUGAAGCGUAAAAAGCAAGAGUCACAGAACAAACAUCUGCUGCCGGAAGUGGUGCCGAUGCAGGAUCUUAACUAUGAAAGCCAAAGCAUGCACAAUAUGGGUGCAGUCAAUGGCACUGGACACAUUAGCGGCAGUCACAUGGCCAUAGGUCCGGAUGUUGUGGAUCAAUUGGGCAAUCGCUUGCCGCUGCGGCCGUCGAACCAGCUGCUCAAGCGAAAUGUAUCGCUCUUAUCCUUUCGUAUUUAGUAUGUUCAAGCUGACAGCGGCAACAGGGAGCCUGCACUUGGCCAAAACAUAUAACAACAACAACAGCAAGAACAACAAAAUGACUUACAAUUCACGUGAUAAACAGUCUCUGAUAUAUAGUACUUAAUACCUAAUGCAAAUUUAAACUGAAUGGUAGUGAAUAUUGUAUAAUGGCGAAAUUUUAUUUACGUGCAUUUACAAUAUAAAAACUUAGUGCAUACAAUAUAUACGAAUAUUUCAGUAGCUAUAUACAAACAUACAAAUAUGCAUGUCUACUUGUGUAUAACUUAAAUGAACAUGCCUAUGUGCAUCCAUUAAUUAAACGCGAUACUAUAUUUAAUUGAUCUGAACCACUGCCAUUUCCAUGCGAUAGUAACCAGAGCCCAAGAACUCUCAUAAUAUUUUAACAGUUAACAUAAUAUGCUAACCAAUUGAAAGUAAAAACUAAUCAAUAGUUGAGAACCCGCUGAUCAAAUGCCCAAGCAAUUAUAAUUACAGCAGUUUACACUUACUUUAAAUUUUGUAUAAUACGAAUAUUUGCUUAAUAUUUUUAUUAAAUUAAGUAAUUUAUUUUAGCUUAUUGUAGUACUAGUUAGUAGCCGCAUGUAUCGAAAACGCCAAAAGUAAACUUUACUUAAAACCAAGAACUUUUAUUAAGUGCUUAAGUGACUCCAAUGUGUGCCAAAUCAAAAUAAUUAGCAUUAACUAGUUAACCCGCCAGUUCCAGGUACCGAUUUAUUAUCAGACUCCAACCAACAACAACAUUUAGUUGCAUUUAGUCGAUACGAACGCAUUAAUAAAUGCACUUGAUUUUAAUCAAAAAUAGAAAUUUUAAACAUUUU